ACCUCCCCGGCGGCGCGGCCACGCCGCUGCCCGGGGAAGGGGCGGCAGCCCCGGGCCCCUCCAGGGGUGUCCGUGCGGGACUGCGGGCGGCUCCCCAGGCUCCAGCCCAACCUCUGGGCCCCGAGCAGGCCGCGGCCGGGCCCUUUUCCUUGAACCCCCCCGCCCGGAGGAUGAAGCAGGCGGGGGCGGCGCGGCCCGGUCGCCCCUCGCCGCUGCCGGGCGCGCUGUGGGGGUCCCCGCCACAGGUGCUGGGCGACGACACCGAGGACGUGUCGCUGGACUUGGGCGGCGAGGAGGAGCUGGCGCUGCGGAAAGCCCAAGUCAGGCACCCACUGGCCACCUUUUUCCACCUGUUUUUCCGAAAUGUGACAGGAAGACUCCUGGUUGGUUUACGUUGGUGGAACCAGAUUGAUGAAGACGGAAAAAGCCACUGGGUAUUUGAAGCAAGAAGGGUGUCUACGCCAGCUGCCUCAACUGAAGCUGAAGCUCGAAUCUUUUGGCUUGGCCUCAUUAUCUGUCCAGUCAUUUGGAUUGUAUUUUUCUUCAGCACCUUGUUUUCCCUGAAGCUGAAAUGGCUGGCUCUCGUGAUAGCUGGGAUCUCUCUUCAAACUGCUAAUUUAUAUGGAUACAUCCACUGCAAAUUAGGGGGACAAAAAAGCAUCAGCAGAAUAACUUCAAGGUUUUUUGUCACAGCAGAUGUUCCCAAGAGACAGACAAGAAUUUCAGACGACUGCAUUGAAGAACAUGGAAAGACAGGCACUAGAUAGUCAUUUAAGGAAAUAAUAAAAAGACAACUGGUAAAA